AAAUAUUAAAAAUUAAAGAUAAAGACUAUGUCAGCACCUCCUUGGCAGCCGAAACCAAUAAAGGCGUCGGAUUCAACGGGUUCUAAAUGGGAGGCUUAUAAAGCACCUGAUGGACGUAUUUAUUGGAGUGAUGGAACAACGUCAGUAUGGGAAAAACCAGAUGAACUUAAAACAGAAGAAGAAAUAGCUAUUGGUCAGCUGAAUUGGAGAGAAUAUACAGCACCAGGAGGCCGGAAAUAUUGGUAUAAUAAAAAAUCAGGAGAAUCUGUUUGGGAUAUGCCAGAGGAGUGUAAGAAAGUUAUAGAGUCUUUAAAUGCAAAAAAAGAAAUGAAAUUAGAUGAAGAAAAAAAGAAAGGAGACGAAAAGCAAUUAACAUUAAGAGAAGAAAUGUUGGUUGCUGGACCGGAUGGGAAAGCUCAGUCAAUUGCUUUAGGAACUACAUGGACAGAGGAAAAUUUUCAAUGUGGAACUUUCGAAGAAGCAGAAAUGGUAUUUAUAAAAAUGUUAAGAAGAAAUGGGGUUACAUCUGAUUGGACGUGGGAACAAACAAUGCGAGCAGUAAUUAAACAACCGCAAUAUCGUGCAAUUAAAGAUCCUAUUCAAAGAAAAUUAACAUUUGAAAAAUAUAUAAGUGAAAUGAGAAAACAGGAAUCAGAAAAAGAACAAGAUCGAUUAGCAAAAUUAAAGACAGAUUUUAAUCGUAUGUUAAGGAUGCAUCCUGAAAUUAAAUAUUAUACAAGAUGGAAAGUUGCACGGGAAAUCUUGGAUGGAGAAACAGCAUUUAGAGCUACAGAAAAUGAGGCAGAAAAAAAGCAUCUUUUUGACGAAUAUGUCGCGGAAUUAAAAAGAAUUGAAAAUGAGAAUGAACAGAAAGCAAAACGAGAAGCAAUGGAUGCAUUCUUGGUAUUACUUGAAUCUUUAAAAUUAAAGCCAUAUUCUCGCUGGUCAAAUGCACAAGCAAAAUUUUUAGAACAUCCAGAAUUUAAAACAAAUCCAAAAUUCAAAAUAUUAAGUAAUUUAGAUAUUUUAGUUGUUUAUGAAAGCCAUAUUAAGGAACUUGAACGGGAAUUUAUCAAUAAACGACAAGAAAAUAAGGCGAAAAAACAGCGAGCAGAAAGAAAAAAUCGUGAAGCAUUUAUAAAAUUAUUACAAAACUUGUGUCAUGAUAAAAAAAUAGGCCCUGGUACAAAAUGGAUGACAAUUUAUCCAAUGAUUAAAAACGAUAUAAGAUAUAAAAAUAUGUUAGGACAAUCGGGUUCUACACCUUUAGAUCUUUUUUGGGACAUUGUAGAAGAUGCAGAACGAGAUAUGAGACAUAAAAAGAAUUUAGCACUUGGUAUUAUGGAAGAACAAAAAAUUGAUUUUGAUGAAAAAAUAUCUUUAUCUCAAUUUUCAGAAAUAAUAAGCAGAGAUAAAAGAGGUGCGGAAUUAUCAGAUAGUACACUUUCAUUUGUCUAUAAUAUGCUGCGUGAAAGAGUAUUUCGAAAACUUGAAGAUGAAAAACGAAAUGACGAGAGACGACGAAAACGCAGAAUUAGUGCUUUAAGAUAUGUUAUAAAGCAUCUUAGGCCUCCUAUACAAUUAGAUGACACAUGGUCUAAUGUAAAAAAAAGAAUUGAACAUACAGAAGAAUUUUUAGCAAUAGAUUCUGAAGAAGACCGUGAAUUAGCAUUUAAAAAACAAUUACGUCGAUUAAAAGAAAAAGAUGUUUCUUUAAAAAGUUAUCAUAAAAGCAAUCGAAGUUCUAAACAUUUUAGGUAUAGUUCAAAAAAUAGAGAUACAGAUUCUAGAGAAUUUAAUGAUAAUUUAUAUUAUACAAAAGAUUAUCAUGGAUAUAGAAAUAAUGGAUAUAGAAAUCAUGAUAGUGAAAACGAGAAUGAUUCAAGAUAUAGAAAGCGUAUUAAAAGCGAUAAAGAUUAUUAUUCUAACGAAUAUAAUUAUGAUAAAGAUGAUAAAAAUACUAUUGAAUCAAGUGAAGAAGGGGAAAUUCAUUAA